AUGGAGUCCGUGGUGAGGGUGAAGAAGACGAUGAGGACGCCAAUCAGGAAGCUGACCAGCUGUGUGUCAGGGGUGAAGGAAAGGAGGUUGUGUGCCAAACGCAGGAACAAGAGAGGCAGAGGUGGGGUAGGACGAGAAGGAUGCAACAGGAUGGGGAGGAGGACCCCACCUCCACGAAGCGGACACUACAAGGACCCUGCAGUCAGCCGAUCGUAUCAGGCAGACCUGGAGAAGGAGAGGCAAGUUAAAUGAUAAUGUAGAAAUGCUACAUUAAAGCACAAAGGAUAGUUGAAAAAAGCACAAAAGAGUCUCAGAUUUCUCAGUGUAAAUGAAACCUUUUAUUGCCAGUGAAUAAAAAAUGAUGAAGAACUUUAUGUAGUUGGCCAAAUUAAAGCUCAUUUCAUUAAGUAUUUUUUUUAAUCUAUGAUGCUGCAUCAAAGUUCUAGAAUUAUAUUCUUUUGGCAUGAAUCAGAAGUCUGAAGUGGCAAAAAAUGACGAUAAUGAAGUGGAUAAUCAGAGUUGUUUUCUGGUGAAGUGCUCAAAGAAUACAAAUCACUUCAGACACAUGCUGUGCUGUUUAGUAAAAAUGGUGUGUCCAAACUAACUCAUAGCAUUCUCACCUUAAAUGGAAGCAAUCUUUUAAAAAAACAUAUUUAACUGACUUUUAAUCUUGGCUGAUAAUAUUACCAUAUCUAUAUCACUAAUUUUUUUCUAAUUAGGUCUUUUAUCCGACAUGUAAUACAGUGAAAUUAUUUCAUACACUUCCUAUCGGUGAUGUCUUCAAAUGACACAUUUUGAAUGUUGGUACUUUCUUUUGAUUCUCAAUGUGAAAAGGCAGCUGAAUGUAGUCAGGUCAACAGAACAAUUUUGCUGAAGCAGUGAUGUUUUAUUUCAAUGAUUUUGUGUUUUCUUGGUUUGUUGUGUUUACAGAAGGCUGCGGGAAGCAAUGAAUGCUCAGAAGAAUGCAGAGAGAGCAGCUAUGAGAGCUCACUUCAGGAGAAAAUAUCAGCUUUCUGAGGUCAGUACUUCCAGUAAUUCAUCUGUUGUUCUCUGAAUUUCUUAAAAACUGGCAAAAGAGAGUUGAUAUCUGGGGCUCACCCUUUGUUUUGGACUCGGUUAAAAGUUGAACUUUGUUUUAUUUUGGUAAUUUUCUUUUUCCAUUGAGUUGUAUGGAGCUCAUGGCUAAUACUGGAGCACAAAAAGAUUUAUAUUCUCUGUAGAAAUAUCGUUUUAGACACCCACUGAGCAUUUUUUGGUCUUAAAGAGGUCUAAUAGACGUCUAAAUGUAGCCUAGACGACUGGUCUAAAAUCAGACUACCACAGGUCUAAAAAUGACAGAUUUUUAGAUGUCUAAAUUUAGGCCAAGUUUAGACCAAGUCUAAAUCUGGGCUGUAUCUAUACGACACUGUAUAUUGCUCACUGACUAUUAUAAUUAUUUUAAGAACUUGGAGAUCAGUUAUGCAACUCACAGUUUAUUUUUGAAAUAAAUAGUUAUCGGUCUGUUGCUCAGUGGUAGGUCUUCACCCAUGGUAAAAACAGCAAAAUGGCCUUGACAAGAUUUAAUGAUGAUGCCAGCAUGUGGAUGCUUUACUGCUCUUUUAGGACAUGAGGUUUUAAAAUAGCUCACCAAAGUCUGCAUCCAGCAAAAAUUUGUCUUAAACAAAAAUGGUGGUAUUAAAAAGAUCUGUAUUCACUGUAUCUACAACAAAUAAAAGAGAAACACCUUUACAGCAGUGAGUCAUUCCAGAGAGACAACAUCUAUUCCAGAGAGAAUCAAUCAACACAACAUGAAAACUCUUCACAGUCCCUUUAACAAAAUAGCUACAAACAGUCUGUAAAAUCUAUCACACUCUGUCAAACAUCUUUUAAAAAUGAGCUAAAAGGAUCUUAUACAUGCUGUAGAAAGUUGUAAGCUUUACUGGAUGUUGUUUCAGUUUGAGAAUUAAUUGUAAAUUAGAUCAUUUGGAUCUUAAAAAGUUAUAUUUUCUGGGCAUUUUUUGCCUUCAAUGAAAGGACAGCUGAAGAGAAACAGAAAAUGUAAAGAGUGGAGAUGCGGGGAGGACAUGCGGUAAGGGUCAAGGCUGAGAUUCAAACCAACAACUGCUGCCAAGAGGAAUAGUCCUUCUAUUUCUGGAGUUCACACUAAAACUGCUUUGAUCGCAUCCCCUUAUUUGGAUAUUUAAGUUAUAUCUUAUCAUUUGUUGUCAAUCCCCUCCUUCCUCUCGGUCCCUCCUCAUCAUUAGGACUCCAAAGACACAAACCACCUGAGGUCUGUCGGAGGGAAAGUGUCGCUCCCCCACGAGUUGUCCAAGAUCAUUCACCCUGACACCAAAACCAAGGACAGCAGCUUCAAUUUGUUGAAGGCUUUCCAAGGCCUCAAUCUGAGCACAGCAACGCUCACAGGGAGGAAACACAGCAAGACAUCCACUCCUUUACUAGCCAGUGGGGACACUUGUAAAGUCAUGUGA